CGGGCGCCCGCCGCGCGGUGUGGCCACUGGCCCGCGGCCGCGGACCUUCCGAGGAAGGCCCCGAAGAGCGCCCGGGAGGCCCCGGCGAGGGAGCGCCCGUCGCCGCUGGAGAGCUCGGGCGCCGGGCACCACAGGGAGGCAGCGGCGCCCUGGGCGGCCGCGGGCCCG